AUGCAUUUAACAUAUUUGAUCGCUUGGACACUGUCAAACACUGCUUUGGUAUUUGGGGAAGCUAUUGGCCAUGUGACUCGAGACUACUUUGGAGACAUUUUCAGCUUAGAAGACUGUCAACCUGGAAGCUGUGAUGACAAUGGGAGGCGAGCAGCUCAAAUUCCAGGAGAAAAAUGCAGGUGUCAGUGUGCUCCGUCACAUUAUACAUUCCGAGAAGACUUAAAGCAAUGCAUCAAAGAUGUUGGAGAAUGCCCCAUAGCGAUGUUUGUCAGGCCUUUUGCUGUAGAACGAAUCCCUCUUGUUUUCCUGCCAAUGACUGGACAACUGGUUUACCCUGGAGCCCAUUUAACCGUAUCUGCUCCCUCGAAGCAUCUUACCUGCAACGUGAAAACAUCUUUACUAAUGACGACUCGCGGAUGGCAGCCAAUAAGAACUCCUUCUCACAUAUUUGGAGUUUAUUACGAUGGAAACAAAACUUUUCUCCAAUGGCUAGGCGAUGACGAAGAUCGAAGGCGACUUCAACAUCAUUUGGUUUUAAUUCGAUUGAUCUGUGAAGGAGAGUCUACUAAUGGAACGUUUGAACCAUGUGCUGCUCUACGAGUUGGAUGGGCACCAGGUCUUGAGCCAGAGUACGUCGAACAGACAACAAAUAAGAACAAUUUCAUAAUUAUUGGUUUGUGUCUUGGGAUCUUAGGCUUGAUUUACGUGGGUGCAGUCCUCAUAUACAUGAAAGUUAGAAAAAAUAGAAGACAGGCAGCUAGACAAGGUUCAACACAAUCUCGUAACACUAUUGAAUCAAUAGAAGAAGAUAGUAACUGCACUCAAUUACGAAAUGCAUACAUUAAUAAUUUAGUACAAGAAGCAGAAUUCACAUCGAAAAGUUCAUCAAAGUCAAGGGAAAUGAAAGAGGUUGGAUCAAACCAUACUUCACCCGAUCAUAGAAGAAAUGCAUCUGAUUCAAGUUAUAGAUUGCAAGAAUCACAAUCUCCGCAUGAUUCGAAUCAUAUCUCUAGUAAUGGAAAUGCUAUGCAUAUGGAAAACUGUUCGAGAAGAUCUGAUCAUUCUGAGGAUUCACUAGUCUCCCCACCUCAACCCCCACCACAGGAGUUCUUCGUACGUAUCCGAGGAAUGAUUGCAGCAGCCAAAAACAGACUCAACAGCUUCCGCUAUAAACCAACCCUGCUUGUGAUACCUGAAGACGAUUAUUUCUAUCAGGACUUUAAGGAACGAGAUGAGGGUUCAAGCAGUCGCAAAUCUUCAUUUAAGAAAUUCUCACGCAAAAGCAGCAAUCCUGUCACAACGAAGAUGGAAUCGAUUCAUGGUUCAAACCUAGGAGCAGCCAUGUUGGAAGCCAAAUUAGCUCCUCCUCUUCCUCCUCCUAGAAAUGGUUUAAAACCAAAGAACAAAAAACGAGCCCCUUCGCCUCCAGGUGAUAGGAUUCCAUUGCCUGAUUAUUCCAGAGAAACUCCUUCCCCAGUGAGCUUAAAAGAAUAUGGAGGUAGUCUAGACAGAAAAAGUCGAAAAUUAUCAAAAACAAAGUCAGAUAAUUAUUCCAAAUUCGAUCUGUUCCGGUUAGAUCUAUAUGAGAAGAUCAACCGCAUGAGAGAAACCGGUAGCACAGAGAAUGAAAUAGCUGUUCUAGAGCUGACAGAUGGUAAGAGGCCGAAAGGUGAGUUUUAUGAUAGUUUCGAAUUGGAGGAUACAAGUCCCCAUAUCGAAGAAAGAAACGAAGCAGAAAUGUCUGAAAUUUAUUGCUCUUCUUCUAAACGUGGGCAAAGUCAUCCUGACAGCAAAAUAUCUCGCCGACAGUUGUUGUACAAGCUCCAAGAAACAGAAGCUGUUAGCGUGCUUCAUGAGAACACUGUUGAACCCCCAAAACACAAAAUGCAUUCAAGUCACCCAAUAAGCGAGAGAUAUGAAGAUGACAUUGAUGAAGAUUGGGCAUCCUCUCAAGCAGGUAGUGUUGUUGAGGAAAAAGGCACAGCAGAAAAAAAUCCUAUCUAUGGUUCAAGACCUGGAACUGCAAUGAGUAAUUCAUCUGCUAGAACUACAAGUAGCCAACCAUCUACUAUGAAAGAAAAUAAAAUUUUAGUACGAGAUAAUAGUCAAAAAUAUAUAGAAGCGGGUGAUGUAAGUGACUGCUCGGAAACAUCGGAAGACUCUCUGUCGGGUGAUUCGUUAAAUUCAAGUUUUAGAAGACCAACAAAAUCUCCUUUAUCACUAAAGUCAAAACAAUCUUUACACAGCACGGAAGAUUUGUCUGUGAUUUCUGGAUCAAGUGUCAUAACAUCUUCAACUGCUAUCAAAGAAAUUGACGAUUAUGGAGAUGAUGACGAUAUAGAUGAAGAUCCUACCCAAGACGAUGAUAGUAGAUUAAGUACGGAUUUAGAUCCUGAUAUAUACAGCUUGGAUGAUAGCGAACAUCCAUCUUUGGAAGAAUAUCUGCAAUUGUCAUCCCAGGUUGCCAAGAAACUUUCCGAGCGAACAGUUCCCGUUUUCAACAGCGAAUCACCCAAAGAAAAGAAUGUUAUCAGUCAAUUUAUGAAGGAAUUCAAAACAACAAUUGGAAGGUUAAAAACCACUGAAGAUAAUAAGCCGAGGUCAUCACGAACCACGUCUCCAGGAUCAGACAAUUGGACUUUAAAAAGUGAAGAAAAAAGGGCAAAAGUGGCACGAAGAGUUAGCAUUUUUAAACGUAAUCCAUUGAAAGGACGAAAGAACGAAGAACCUUUAGUACCUGAAGAAAAUGGAAAAGAUAGUUAUUAUGAAAUCAAUGUGGCGAGCGAGACAGAGGAUGCGGAAAGUAGCAUAUCUUCUACUGCUUCAUCGAUUAGUGGGAAGAGAGGAAAACAAAAAUAUAAAAGCAAGACUCCAGAAAUAAUUCCAGCGGCUAAAGUUGUAGAUACAGGAGAAAAAACAGUUAUAGCAAUAGUUAAUGAGUCAGGGCAAAAUGGAAUCGUAGAAAUAAGGGAAGACAGAAGGUAUACUCCGUCUCCUGUGUCUAAAAUGUCUGGGCCUAGAAUUGGAAAGGCAGUAACUCCACCUCUACCUCCUCCAAAGCCUCAACUUGAUCAAAUCAAGCUGAAAGCAAUGGCUACUCUGCGAAAAUCUCACCAGGAAAAAACCGACAAAAGUCAGCCUGUGCAGCAAACUGCAUGUCUUUCAAAUGGAACAGCAGAUGAAAGUAGUAAAACGACAACAGCUUUAAAAAAUAAGAUCAAUAAGAAUCAUAAACCUCCUCGUUACAUUAGAACACCAUCUAUUGAAUCUGAUUCCAUAUCCGUUGCAAAUUCUGAUAUGACAGAAGAUUCUUUAAAUACUCCAAUACCUGAGGAAGAUAGCGAAGGUGAAAAUCAGGAAGAUUUAAGCGAAGAAGAAAACGGUCCUAUCGAUAGAUGCUUAGCUCAGUUAGCUGAUUCAGUAAUACAACCUUCGGAUGACUGCUCCUUAAAUCGUUAUCUAAGUCAACUUGGAACAGUAUUAGCAGCAAGAGACGACAACCAAUUGGAUCAAUGUUUAAAUAAGUUGGCUGCUAACAUGAAUGCCAAUCGUGCAACCAAAGGGUUUAAUUUAUCUCAACAUUUACCUCUAUGUACUUGGGAGCACGUUUGUGUAGAUCGUGGAAGUGAUCGCAGUACGCCUACAUCUGACCGUUCCUCCACAACUUCCAGGGGAUCGCGAGGAUCUCAAGAAAAUUUAAGGAAGAAAACCUUAACAAAAGCAAAACAUCAUCAUCACCAUCAUCAUCCUAUAGAAUGUAAACAUACUAAUGGAGAUAUUCAGGUAUCAAACGCUUCCGAAAAAAUAAAUCAUUUAGCAAAUGGGUGUCUUCACGCCAAUGGCCAUGAUUCUUUUGCAACUCGCAUUCUUGUUGAAAGGGUGGCUCAUAAAGGCACUUUUAGGGGGAAAAGUCGGAUAGGAAGUACUUCUGAAGAAGACGAUGGUGGAAGAGCGAGUUCUCUUGGCUCGACCAGAGAGUUAGAGAUACCUGUUUCAGAAACAACAUCAGAUCCUGGAUCAGCGGACCUAGAGCGUCCUCGCAAGAAACGGCCACUGUUAAGGAGAAGCAAAAAAGGUCUAAAUGGAACUUGUCGGCAACAUAUUCAAAACAGUAAGUUCAAUAAAAAAGAAAAUGGCUCUGUAAGAAAAGAAGUGUUUAAACCCAGGAACUUAAGUACUCCGAGAUCGAGUAGCAGUGAUGUUACAGUAAUUCAGCUUGAAGGAGGUGGUAGUGAACAUGUAACAAAUGUAGAAAGUUCUAACACGUUUGUGACUUUAAUUAAUGUUGAUAGCUCAGACUGUUCUAAUAGUGCUGAUGAAAAGUAA